AUUAUUAAUGACUUGUCAGUGUUUCAGUAAAGCUGUUUCAUUGUUAAUCGAUAUUAGUAAAUGGAUCAUCAUACAUUGUUGCGUCGUACAAUACAGUACCACUGCAUCAUCUUGAUGAGAGGAAUAAGAAUUUGCAAAGUUAUCACCACAGCAAGUUAAGUUGCCUAAAGUGCAUUCAGACAGACGUCUGCGUUUUGUUAAUUUUAUCAGCUAAUUUGGUUUUGAAAGUAUAAGAUAUGCAAGUUAGUUUGGAAUUAUCUCGAAUGUAAGUAAGAACGCGAUGUCGAAGAUGAAAUAGAAUGAAACUGGUAUGUCUGAGUUCGACUCAGUCGUCCAGUGUACAACCGAAGUUCAUGUAGGUUAUUGCAUAGCUACUGUUAGUUUAAAUAUGUCCGGUCGUGUGCUAUAACCAUGGUAUUUAAAAGCUUGUUGCUCCCAUUAAGUUGGGUCUGUGGAUUAGCUACUGAGUAUUAAAAAUACACAGGUUUUGUUGUAAACAGUCUGUGCAUUAUUUGACUUUCUUGAAAUGGAUCGUAUCUUGGCCUAGACAACUACAAAUUACUGUUUAAGAUAUCUUAUGUGCUAUGAUUUUUACUUUAGUGGUUGAAUAACAAUCAUUCAUAUUCACUACGUUCCUUCAUCACUUGUUAUCCACUAUGAUGUGUAAUUGUUGUUUUUUAUGCGAAGUACCAAUCUUUUAAGCGCGAAUCGAUUGAAUCAAAGCAGUUUGCCACUAUACUACACUUUGCAUUGGUUCAAUUUUUACAGCACCUCUGUCUACAAUGGAUGUAUAUGUCCGCCUAUUUAUCUUAAUGUAAUUUUGUUUAUUCAUGUCUUGUUUUUUAGUUGUUCGGAUUGGUUCACCUUGUUACCUACCCUAUAUUUGUAUAUAUAUUGUGCAAUUUUUUACUCAAAUUGAAUGUCGAUGAUGGAUUGUAUGAAUUCGGUAGAUUCUUCAUCUCCAGUAGUGCAAAAGUCUGCAAAUGACUUGAGAGAAUAUAAAGUGAUGCGUUUAUGUAAUAGGAUGAAAGUGCUUCUUAUAAGUGAUCCGGAGACAGAUAAAUCUGCAGUGUGUUUAUCUGUGAACAUUGGUUCGCUGUCGGAUCCGAAAGAACUGCCUGGUCUCGCACACUUUUGUGAACAUAUGUUGUUUCUUGGUACAAAAUCAUUUCCAACAGAAAAUACCUAUUUGAAGUACAUAACCGAUCAUGGUGGUCACUGUAAUGCUUUUACGAGUCCAGAUAGAACUUCUUAUGUGUUUGAUGUUGCACCUGAAAGUUUGAAAGGAGCAUUGGAUAUUUUCUCACAGUUUUUCAUCUGUCCUCUUUUCACCGAUUCUGCAACAGAACGUGAGGUGAGUGCUGUACAGUCGGAACAUGAGAAGGACAUUAGUAAUGAUGCUAGACGUCUUUUUCAGCUAGAGCGAAGCUUGUCGAAAAGUGGUCAUGAUUAUACGAAAUUCCUCUCCGGUAAUCGAUACUCUUUAUUUGAGUCCAGUUGUGCAAAAUCGGUGAAUACACGCGAAAAGUUGUUGCAAUUCUAUUCAACAUGGUAUUCGUCAAAUGUGAUGGGACUAGUUAUUCUUGGAAGAGAAUCCAUAAAUGACCUAGAGAAACUUGCAGAAGAAAAGUUUUCGGAAGUUAUUGAUCGUAAUGUUGUGCAACCAUCAUGGAACGAUACUCCAUGGCCUGAUAUAUGUCUCAAGAAAAUGGUAUAUGUCGUCCCACUGAACGACGUCCAUCAAAUGAAUAUAAUGUGGCCUAUUCCUGACUAUAUUCCAGACUAUACAGCACAAGCCCCUAGUUAUGUGACUCAUUUACUUGGUCAUGAAAGCCGCGGAAGUUUACUGAGUUUAUUCAAAAAUGCAGGCUGGGCUAAUCGAUUAGCAUGCGGAGUUAGUAGGCCAGCAGCUGGGAUCUGUUCUCUGAUUUUGUCUAUUGAUUUAACUUUAAAAGGACUUGAUAAAACUGAUGAAAUUAUGACAAAUGUAUAUCAAUACAUUAACAUGCUUCGCUCUGAUGAACCACAAAAGUGGAUAUUUGAUGAAGAACAGGCUUUAUGUCAAUUAAACUUUCGAUUUAAAGACAAAGAACCACCUUAUGAAUAUGUGACUGGAUUAGCCGGUAAUCUAUUGCUUUAUGACAUGCAAGAUGUUCUAACCGGUUCUUUCUUGGCAACUGUCUAUGAUCCAGAUUUAAUUAAAAAAAUCUUAAGUUGUUUAACGCCUGAUAAUAGCCGCGUCUUUCUAGUCAGUCAGACGUUUGCAGAUAAAUGUGUGGAGGAAGAACCCUGGUAUCACACUAAAUACCUUGCUGUUAAUAUUCCUGAAAAUACCUUGUCAGCAUGGCGAAAUAGUUCUUCUAAUCCAGAAUUGAGAUUCCCGGAGCCAAAUUCAUUCAUUGCUACUGAAUUCGAUCUGGUGCGAAACAAAUGCCCCACGAAUGUUGAAAUGCCGGAAUUAUUAGUCGAAACAGAGAUGUCUCGUAUUUGGUACUUUCAAGAUACAGAAUUCAAUCUUCCCAAAGGUUUUAUCACAUUUCACAUUGUCAGUCCAUUUGCAUUUUUCGAUCCUUUUCAUACAUCACUUGGUUUAAUUUACGCAAACUUAUUUGAGGAUCAUAUUAAUGAACUAACAUAUUCCUCUAUGCUUGCUGGAAUGACUGUUUAUGUGAAACACACUGUUGAAGGUAUCAAGCUAUCAUUUUUAGGAUAUUCGCAUAAAUUGAAAAGUUUUGUCAAAGAAAUCGUAACAAAAUUUGUGAAUUAUUACCAACCAGUUACUGACCGUUUCGAAUGUAUUCGUGAGAAUAUGUCUCGAGAGUUUUCCAAUUUCUCAAUGAAACCAGCUUAUCAGCAAUCCGGUGCGUAUUUAACAAGUCUUAUUUCAGAUCAUUCUUGGAUCAGUGAUGAUUUUGUGCGCGCUUUUAAAGAGAUUACGUACGAAAGGUUAAUUAAUUUCAUCAUGGAAUUUCAUGAACGCAUUUUUAUUGAAGGCCUUAUCUAUGGAAAUAUCACUGAAGAGGAUGCAAUAAGUUAUCACGAAAUGGUUCGGGACUUGUUGGUACAGAAGAUGAAUUCUAAACCACUUUUACUGUCUCACAUCUUAACCUCUCGAGAAGUAAUAAUUCCUGAAGACUCCAGUUUUCUUUAUCAACGAUAUAUUUCUGGUCAACCGGCUUCUGCGAUUUACUAUUAUCUUCAAUGUGGUGAACAAUCUACGCUUAAUGAUACAUUGCUUAAUUUGUUUUGUCAGAUUAUCAGCGAGCCUGUUUUCAAUAAAUUACGUACCGAACAACAAUUGGGUUAUAUUGUACAGGCUGGACUUCGACGAUCCAACAAACUGCAAGGUUUUCGUAUUUUAGUGCAAUCAUCUUAUCAUCCUAAUAAAAUUGAUAAAUGUAUCGAAGAAUUUCUACUUACUGUAAAUAAACUAUUAGAAGAUAUGUCUGAUGAAGAAUUUAAUGUUCAUGUGCAAUCCCUUAUGACACAUUUACUGGAAAAACCGAAAGGUAUGCAAGAUCGAUUUGGGCGUUUAUGGUCUGAAAUUGCUUGUCGACAUUAUAAUUUCAAACGACAUUUACAUGAAGCCGAUGUCCUGAAAUCGCUGAAAAAGAAUGAUGUUAUCGAUUUCUUUAGAGUACGUGUAACUGAACAAGACACUUUUCGUUCCUACUUUUAAUUUAAAAUUUCAUAAGCUUCAUUUGUUCUUUUUUUUAAAAGAUAUGGUAAAUUUGUAGCUACGUAAAAUUAUAUGUGUAAUCUCCGGUUUUGUGAAUAUUGUAAAUAAUCUAUUCAACAGAUUGAAUUGUGGAACCCUAUCCACCUGCUUAUCGAAGUAAUUCGGUUUUAGCUCUAUCAGAUUCAAGUUACAAACAUUUUAAAAAAUGCCAACAUUCCAGUUUGCUGCUGUGCCGUAAUAACUAGACUUCACAAUAGAAUAAUUUCAAUUAUUUGGUAUUUCAAUAUUUAGUUAGCCAUAGUUUAUGGGUAAAAUGAAUCGAUUCACAUAGGUUGUUCGAUAUUAUUUUCUUCUUAAGUGGAUAUUCUGACACUGGUCGCUAGGUUGUAGUGUCAGCUGCUAUGUCAAGCUCAUAUAGCUUAUUCUAGCCUCCGGUUAGGCUAAUCUAUUCAUUUUCCUUGCGUCACAUUUUGAUCUUGUUAAUUACUCGCUUAUCAACCCUGAAUGUUUUUAUAUGAGCGUAUAAGUGUACAUCUUUUAUCUUACCCAUCACAUGUCUAACUUCUUUUAUCUGACCAUAAAUAUCAAUUCACAAUUGGUUAAAUCGAGUUGGCUCAAACGCCUUCUGCACCGAACGUCAUUUUGCUUCGUUCUCUUCGCUUCUCCGAUAUUUUGUCUGGACUAACGAUUAUAAGAAAUAUACAUAUUCGAAAUUCAUUCUCGUAUUUGACUUAUUUAAUUCACGUCAAGCUCUCCAGUUUAGUGACCCUAUAUCUGACUCAUGUUGGAUUGUUUUUCUAAUUGUUAUUGAAAUAUACGUAUCACCACUCGUAUAUAAUCAUCAGCGUGAAUCGUGUUAGUGAAUAAAGGAAUUAAAUAAGUCAAAUACGAGAAUGAAUUUCGAAUAUGUAUAUUUCUUAUAAUCGUUGGUCGUCGACUAGAAACUUAUUCUUUACUUAUUGAUCAUUUUAUAUAAAAUUUAGAGGUAUAUGGAUCCAUCAUCAUGUAGAAGGAGAAAAUUAACAGUUCAUGUAUUAUCAAACGAAGAGCAUUCUCAUGAUUCAGAAUACAAUAAUCAUGAUGAGAAGGUAAUUGUUUUAAAGGAUUACACCGAAUUGAAACGUUGUUGUCCUUUAAGCGCUUUAGCGAGACCAUUCAUGAUGUUCACAUCCAAAUGUGAAGGGAACGUACUGCGAUUUUAAUUCGGUUUUCUGUAUUACAUAUUUAGGGAUAUUUAAUAUAUGGGUCGUUCGGUGAUCGUCAAAACGUGUCAUUUUCAAGGUUUCAUAUUUUCUACAUUAUCUUUACUUUUCUCUUGGAGAAAUCGUGGAUUUAAAUCAGCUUUAGACAGGUUUCAAUUAUAAAAUCCCCGGACGAAAAUUAAUAAGAUGUAAUCGUCCCAUUACUUAUGUGCCCAGUUAUUUGUUAAAACAUUAAGUCUUAACUUUUCUUAGUGUCUUGAUCAAUCAAGAUCUCUUCAUGUUUUCAGUUUUCGCUUGCUGUACAAAUUUCAAAAAUUUCCCACGGUUGUUUUCAGGCUUUUAUAUUUCUCCUUGAUUUUACGGUCUUUUCGUCUACGUAUUCUUUUAAUACACGUCUAAACUGA